AUGAGCUCCUCCUCCCCCCUUCAACCACCAAGCCCGGUACCGCCUCGGACAAGCUCAGCGAAUGCAACAAAUGGUAGCCCAUCACACUCGCGCAAGCUGUCCGUCACAGACGAAGAGCCACCCAGGAAAAGUAGGCACCGGCGCAACAGGUCCAGCGUUGAUGGCACCAAAUACAAGGAUGGGACAUGGUCGCAGAAAAAUGACAAGAUUCUCAUGGGCCCGUACGACUAUGUGCACGAGCAUCCGGGGAAAGAUAUACGGCGACAACUGAUCAACGCCUUCAACGCGUGGCUUCAAGUUCCUCCAGCAAGUCUGGCGAUUAUCACCAAGGUCGUGACGAUGCUUCAUACAUCAUCUCUAUUGAUCGAUGACGUCGAAGACAACUCCCUCCUCCGCCGUGGCAUCCCCGUCGCACACAGCAUUUUCGGCACGGCGCAAACAAUCAAUUCUGCAAACUACGUAUACUUCCUUGCACUCCAAGAAGUGCAGCAGCUCAAUAACCCCGUCGCAAUCAACAUUUACGUCCAAGAAAUGCUGAACCUGCACCGCGGACAGGGCAUGGACCUCUACUGGCGCGACACGCUAACCUGUCCGACGGAAGAAGAGUACCUGGAAAUGGUUGGCAACAAGACCGGCGGGCUCUUCCGACUCGCGGUCAAACUUAUGCAGGCGGAGAGCACGACGGGGAAAGACUGUGUUGCGCUCGUGAACGUCAUGGGCCUUAUCUUCCAGAUCUGCGAUGAUUACCUCAAUCUAUCGAAUACCGUGUACACGGAGAAUAAGGGCUACUGCGAGGAUCUCACAGAGGGCAAAUUCUCGUACCCGAUCAUUCAUAGCAUCCGCUCUGAUCCGUCUAAUCAGCAGUUGAUCAAUAUCCUCAGGCAGCAUACCCAGGAUGCGGAGGUCAAGCGCUAUGCGGUGCAGUAUAUGCAGAGUACAGGCAGUUUCGCGCAUACGAGGCAGGUUGUUACGGAUCUGCGGGAUAAGGCGUUGUGGUUGAUUGAGAUGAUUGAUGCGACGCCGAGGAUCAAUGGGGCUGGUGAUGGCCAGAUGGUUCGUGCUAUUAUGGAAAAGAUUGUGGAAUCUACGCUAUCAGAUCCCAGCGCGCGCUAG